CACGAGCCAGUCGAUCAUCGCGUGCCCACCGCUAACGGAUUCCGUUGGUCGUCGAGUCGAGUUGGGUCGUCGCCUGCUGCGCUGGAGAAACCGCCAUCGCAUCCCCCCUUCCCCCUCGUGUGGCGGAUCAAGCGGCGGAGGACGGGGACGCGCACACAGCGCGGCAACCUCCCAUUCUCCUCCGUAGGCCCAGCCGCAAUUAGGCGCUUUGACUCGUCUUGCGGACGCCCGCCCGCCUGGACCCCGCACUGCUCACGUCAGUCGCCAUGCCGUGCGCCAGGGUCGCCGUUGCUUGGGGACGGGACGAGAGCGGGACUCGUACUCGUCGUCGAGAGUACUAUCGACGAGUUAUUCAUGUCCCACAGUACUCUCGAUGGAGCUAUUCCACUUCGCCGCUCCUCAUUUCUCCCUCAAUCGACUCCGCGGAAGAAGCGGAAUAGCUCGACGAAAGGAACGGCGAUGACGGACGGAGCGAGGCUAGAGGUAUAACGGCUCGUAGCAUUUCGUCGCCGCUCGUAGCAGCGCAUGAUAGCAAGACGUUGCGCUGCUGCGGGAAUGAAACGGGUGCUAGUAUAGGCUCGCACUGGCGACUCGUUACUACGAUAGUAGUAGCACGGCUCACUGUCUUUAUUAACUUCCCACUCUGCUCGUCUCCGCUCGUUCUCCCUUUCUCGCUGUCAUAAUCCUCCUGUGUGCACGGCGACACUUGGCGACACUCGGCGACACACGGCGACAAACGGCGACGGAAGCUGUCUCGCGGUGACCUGGGAUCCACCGCCACUCCCUGAAGCUGCUCCCCGCACUGUCAACAUCUCGUGCCGCGCUCCCUAAGAGGCUAUUACUAGUCUCCUAACCCACCCGGUGGCAGCCAUGCCGGAACCAGCCGCGCACAGCGACUCACGCCCCUCCCCGCGGGUCACCUCGUUCUCCCGCAAGGCCCUGCACGCCGUCACUCAGGCAUAUGGCGGAGGCGGAGGUGGAUUCGGAGGCGGAUUCGGAGGCGGAGGCGGAGGCGGAGGCGGAGGCGGAGGCGGAGGCGGAUUCGGAGGCGGAACCGGAGGCGGAGGUGCUCUCGGCUCCGUGGGGCUCCACGCGCCCCCCAGCUCCCGCCUGCCCUCCGCGUUACACGUCGCAAAGGGCGCCGGCUCCGCUGCUUGCGGCCCUCUCUCCCCACCGUCUCCGCACCACCCCGGGAAUGCAAAGCUUACAAGCCUCCACGGGGGGCAAGGGGGCGACGGGGGCCAAGGGGGCGACGGGGGGCAGGGGGGCCCGCCCGAAUCCCCCGCGUCGACGUUCCUGCACACGCGCGAUCCGUCCACCUCGGGAUUCUCUUCCUCCUCCUGCUCCUCCGCCGCCUCCUCCGCUUCUGGCGGCUCCGCCUUGCCUUCAUAUCGCCUCGCUCCCGAAUUAUGCGCCGAACUUUCCGCCGCUACCGCUUCCGCCGGCGCAGGCGCGGGCGGGGGUGUGAAUCUCUCAGCAUGCCCUUCCCCUUGCGCCACUCCGAGCAGCGCCGCCAGCCCCACCGCCGGCGGCGGCCCCCGCCAGCGCGGACUGCUCUCUGCCGCCGCCGUCAACGCGCGGCGCACCAUCAUGAACAACAGCGGCGGAGAAAGCGGCGGGAGCGGGGGAAGCCUUCCGGGGAGCCCCCGCGCGCGGAUGUUUGCGCGCACUGGCAGCGGUGGCGGAGUGGGCGUCAGGCCGCGCGGCGGCGCCUAUGGGGGCGCCACGGCGGCGGGAGUUGCAAAGGGCGGAAACGGACAGGCGGAACGGGAAGGGAGCCCCGGGAAAUACGGGGGAAUGGGCGGAGGCGGAAGCGGAAGAGCGGGAGUGAGCGGGACGACUGCGCUGAGUCGUCUUGGACACACCAGUAACGGCAGCGCAGGCGGCGCAGGCGGUGCAGGCGGUGCAGGCGGCGCAGGCGGCGCAGUCGGAGCGGGGGGGGCAGGCGGAGCGGGCGGUGCAGGCGGCGCAGGCGGCGCAGUCGGAGCGGGGGGGGCAGGCGGAGCGAAUAACGACGAACUUCUGCUGAGCCCUCUAGGACGCGCCUCCGCCGCCUCCUACUCCUCCUCUGCUUCCGACGCUAUUGGCAACUUUAUAGCGAAGCAGCGUAUAGCGGGGGGACACGAUCGCGGUUCGUCAGUCGACUCUAGGUACUCCUCAUCAGCGUCAGACGCGCCGUGCUUCGCGGAGGAGGAAGAAGGACUUUCUAGUCCUCGCGGCGCACCCGACGGCGGCGGCGGCGGCGGCGGUGCCGUGUGGGGAUCGUCGCGCGGACGCGCGAGCCGAAGCAGCUCCGCGCUGGCUGUCGCUGCGGCUUCCGCCGUCGCUGCCGCCUCUUCCGCCGCCGCGUCUGCUGCCCUUUCUGAAGGCAACCGCCGCAAUCCCCGCAGCUCGCGCAAGGCUAGUCGUGACCUGCCGUCGCCGCCGCUGAGCGAGAUUCCGUCGAUCGCGGAGGGCGCGGACGAUCCGUACGGGUCGUCGUCGGACGACGACGACGACGAUGACGCGGAGGGCGAUAGUCGCGACGAUCGCGACGAUCGCGCCAGCGAGUACGGGUCGCACUAUGCCGAAUCGCACUGUGCCGAGUCGCACUAUGGGUCGGAAUUCGGCUCGGAAAUUUCCAUCUCGGAUCUCUUCGGCACUGAGUGUUCCAAGUCCAGCAGCGGGUCUCGCGGCGGGAAACUCGGGCGUCGCGAGUCGCCCAAGGAGGCGAGUGCGCUGGGGAAGGAAGGAGGAGGCGGGGGAGGAGGCGGAAACGGCGGGAAUGACGGAGAAGCGGGAAAUCGCGAGGGGGAAACGAAACGCGGAGGAGGAGGGGGAAAAGGUGGAUGGAUUUUGGGAGGGGGGAAAACGCGGGGAGGUCAAGCGGGGGGAGAAAAGGGGAAGGGGGGAGCAGCGCAGGGGAAGAGCCCUGGUGCUGUUUCUGUUGCCGGUGCGGGUGGGCAUGCGCAGCAAAAGCAGAAAGAAUCCCAGGAGGGCGCGGACCAGCAGCAGCAGCAGCAGGAGUUUCAGCUGCCCCUGGGGGAUGCGGAGGAGGACUAUUCCGCCAUUUUCACCAAGGCCAGGGAGGACAAGCGCAGUGGGCGCAACGCCCCCAUCCUCCCCCGCUUCGCUGGCAACUUCAGCCUGGGGGAGGGCGCUGGCGGAGCAGGGGGGGGGCUGGGCGGGGGAGCAGGGGGAGGUUUGGGCGGAGGAGCAGGGGGGAGGGGGUUUGGAGUGGGGAAGCGGGAGGAGGAUCCGUGGGGGGAGGAGCAGAAGGAGAGGAGGAGAGCGGCAGAGGGGAGGGGUCAGGGGUGGAUAUAUGGGAGGCUGGUGGUGGAGACAGAGGGGAUGAAGGGGUGCGAGGAGGGGGAGGAAGGAGAAGAGGACGACGAGGACGAGGAGGAGGAUGGGGAGGGGGACGGAGGAGGGGAAGGUUCGGUUGUUGAUGGUAUGGAAAGGAGCGGCGGGAGGAGUGGUGGGAGGAGUGGAGGGAGGAGUGGAGGGAGGCGCGGUGGAGUUAGCGGCAGCAAGGAUGAGGAGAUGCUGUCGCCGCUCACCCCGUCGCCGCUGCCCCGUCGGCGGCAGCGAGUGCUAUCCGGCACGCGCAGCACCCCCGCCACGCCUCCUGCUGUCUUCAGCCCUGCGAGGGCCAGCAGAAGGGGCGAGGGAGCAGCAGCAGCAGCACCCUGGGAGCAGGCGAAAGCCAGGGGGGAGAGGCAGUCCAACAUGGGUGCUGCUGGCAGCGGCAGCAGCGCCAGCCGCAGCAGGAGCAGCUGCAGCAGCGACAUGGAAGGGUCCGGUGGUGGUGCGGGCGCUGCUGCUCUUACUGCUGCUGCUUCUGCUGGUGCUGCUGGUGCUGGUGGUGGUACUGGUAAUGGUGGUGGUAGUCGCCUUGGUGCCGGUGCCGCCCCGUCUGCUGGCGCUGCCUUUCCCAGCCGUGUUGACAGGCGGAGGAGCAUUGUGCGAAGUUCGAGCAGGCACAGCCCGCGCACCACCAGUGCCGCUUCCAGUAGUGCUGCUGCCAGGACAGCCAUGAGCCGGAGCCGCAGCAGCACGAGCAACAUCGGCAGGAAAGGAGCAGUAGGCUCCAACCUCGGUGGCACUCCCUUCUCACCAUUCUCCCCGCUCCCUCCUGCUCGUGCUUCAAUGGACUCUGAUGGGUCUACUGCUGCUGGUGCCGCUGGUGCUGGUGCUGGCGGUGUUGGUUUUGCUGAUGGUGUUGGUUUUGCUGCUGGAGCCACUGGAGCUGUGGACUACUCGUUCAAGUUCAACCAAGCCAGGGAGCAGAAGCGCAGCGGCAAGCCUGCUGGGAUCAUUCUCCCUGCAUUUGGCGAAGCGAUGGCAGGGGGGGCGAUAGGAGGUGGCACUGCUGAUGCAGGCGGAAAUGAUGGUGUAGGAAUAGAGGGCGAUGCAAGUGAGCAGGGGAUGUCGUGUGAGAAAGGCGCAGAUGCUGUGGAGGGAGCUGCAGCAGCAGAGAAAAAACUAUGGAGGAUUUUGUCAAAAAGGAUGUUCAAGCAAGGCGUCAGCACAUAACUGGUUUUACCCCACCUAGCAUUGAUGCAUGUGCGCCUUUAAUUUUAGCCUGAUUGUAAUAAACAGUGUUAAUUAUUAUUGGAGGUGACAUCGCGGU